AAAACUAUUAUAAAUUUGCUUCUGGGAUAAGUUAAGUUUAAAUACACUAGAAAGCGAGAUAAAAAAGGGGCUCAUUCUGGCCUUUUCUCUUCAUCUUCUUGUUAAAUUUGCAUCUGGGAUUUGAUCAGGGAUUCAUCUGGCUAAGGAUAGAAUCAACAGGUUCUUUAUUUGCUGAAGAGGAAGAUUGCAGUAGUAUCUUGAAGAUGUAUUGUUGAAAGGUGUCAUACAUCAAAAUAUAGAACAAGCGGGGUCAUCCUUCAUAGGACACAAAAUUUGUCGGUGGUAGUGAAUAUGGCGACUAUAAAUGAUGUGGCCACGAUAGUUUCCUUGAUUGGUAAAGUUAUAAAGGCAGCUACUGAUGCACAAAUGAUGAAGAGGGAAUUUAAAGAGUUAGCAGACUACUUAGAAUUGGUAGGAAGACAGUUGAAGAUACUUGAUGACAGGGUGCUUGAUACUGCUGCCAUGGAAGCAUUUCAAAAGAUGGAGGAGGUUUUGUUUCAGUGCCAUGAUCUCGCUGAUAGUUGCCAGCAACGAAGCACUUUCUACUUAGUGUUCAAUGGUAAGCGAAUUCAUAGUCAACUCAAAGGGGCACAGGAAACAAUAGCAAAAUACUUGACGCUUAUUCCACUCAUCCAUUUCACACAAGUUUUUAGGCGGUUUAAGGAUGAAGAUACAAAAAUAAAUGUGAAUUGGCACGAACAUGCUAGUGAUGAAUCAGACAUUCCAGGUUUGGUUGCAGAAAGAAUUGCCGAAUUUACCAACAGUAGAUUUCAAAGUGAUGCUCACUUGUUCACCUAUGAACAAAUAAUAAAAAUGACACACAACUUUAAGAAGGUCAUUGGCAAAGGAGGAUUUGGUAUAGUCUAUUAUGGACUUUUGGAAGAUGGUACUGAUGUCGCAAUCAAGUUAAAGAGACACUCAUCACAACAGAGUGACAUGGAGUUCUUCGCCGAGUUGAGGAGCCUAACACAAGUUCACCACAAGAAUCUAAUUUCUUUAAUUGGCUACUGCAAGGAUGGAAAUAACCUUGCUAUUGUCUAUGAGUACAUGCCUCGAGGAAACCUUCAAGACCAUCUGAGAGGUGAAGUUGGGUUUCCUGUGUUGACAUGGGUACAGAGGCUCCAAAUUGCAUACCAAGCUGCACAAGGAUUGGACUAUUUGCAUACUGGAUGCAACCCACCAAUAGUUCAUAGGGAUGUGAAGAGCGCAAACAUUCUCUUGGGUGCAGAUUUAGAGGCUAAAAUAACAGAUUUUGGAAUUUCCAAGACUUGGAAUGAGAAUGUCACUAGUGUAACCACAACAGUGGUUGGGACGCCUGGAUAUCUUGAUCCAGAGUAUCUUUGUACUUGCCGCGUCAGUAAAGCAACUGAUGUUUAUAGCUUUGGGAUAGUCCUUCUGGAAAUGAUUACUGGCCAACCUCCGAUAAUUUCUGGCUCAGAAGUGCAACACAUUGUCGGAUGGAUAUCACAGAGAGUUGCCGGUGAAGCACAUUUUGUUGAUACAAGUAUGAAUGAAUGCUACGACACUAGCUCUGUGUGGAAGGUUCUUCAGCUAGCAUUGAGUUGCACAGACUCAUCAGCUAGUAAGAGACCUCAAAUGGCGGAAGUAGCAAUCCAACUUAAAGAGAUCAUUGAAAUGAAGCCCUUGGAUGAUAUGGAAAAUGAAGAAGUGGAAGAAGCAUUUGUAACCUCAAUUGCUCAAGAUGAUCGCCCCUUAUGCGCGCAUCAACUGUCGGCCAACUUGUUCACAUCAUGGACAGAAAAUACCCCUGGUAGAAGGUUUUGGCGAUGCAAAAAUUGGAAAAUGGCAGGCGAUUGUGGUUAUUUCAAAUGGCAUGACCCAGUGCAGGAAGGUGUCACGAUAGAAAAAAUGGAUUUCAUAAUCAACCAAAGGGAUGACCUCGGCGAGGAGAUAAAUAUGAUGGUUGAAGAGAGCGCAACUCUUUUGAGCAGGUUGAAAGUUUUGGAAGAAAAAAUUGUUGAAUGUAAAAGGACUAAACAGACACUAGAAAUGAAGUUGGAGAGUAUGGAAAUUAUAGAGGUGGAUGGCCCUCUCGUUGAUUCGCCCAAAAUUCGGAAGCGCAAGCGCAAGGAGCUCUACGACGACUAGUCGUCAACAUUCCAUAUUUUUCAUUUCAUUGGAGGAAAAUGUCAUACAACACAUUGUAAUUGCGAUUCAAACCGCGGCCAAGCCUUAUCCCACUAGAUGGGGUUGACUAUAUGGAUCA